UAAAUAGUUUCUUAUUAGAAUCUAAUACAGCUUACGCUUCCGAGAUUUUCCAUUCCUGUAUUCAAAUAAUUUAUUUAUUAUUGACGAAGCUACCGUAAUAAUUAUAUAGUGAACGUAAUUGCACGUAAUUCGAAUGUUUCCAUUUACGUAAAACGUUAUCGUGUUUCGUUUGAAAUAUUUGCAUGUCGAGAUUAUCUCGUAAAACUCAGAAAAGUGUUAUUUGAAUGAUCAGUUAAAAGAUGCUGAUCAAAUAAUAUUUAAAGAGAAAAAUAAAUUAAUCGAGCUGACACAGCAAUUACUAAAUAAAUACUAUGGGGGCACUUUUGGAUACUCCAAAAACAGAUAAAUAUAAUGAACAUGGCUCUGGCAAUGGAUUACAUUAUGGUGUUGCCAGCAUGCAGGGUUGGAGAAUGGAAAUGGAAGAUGCUCAUAGAGCAAUAACUGGUUUAAAAGGUGGUCUCUCGGAUUGGAGUUAUUUUGCAGUAUUUGACGGUCAUGCUGGUGCAUUAGUAUCAGCUCAUAGUGCAGAGCACUUGUUAGAGUGUAUCAUGCAAACAGAAGAAUUUAAAGCAGAAAAUGUAACCAAAGGAAUUCAUUCUGGCUUUCUUCGACUUGACGAUGAAAUGAGAGAAUUACCAGAAAUGAGUUCUGGUACUGAAAAAUCUGGUUCUACAGCUGUUUGUGCAUUUAUAUCUCCCAGAAACAUAUACAUUGCCAAUUGUGGCGAUUCUAGAGCUGUACUUUGCCGAGCAGGAGAUCCAGUUUUUUCAACACGAGAUCACAAACCAGGUUUACCUGCUGAGAAAGAAAGAAUUCAAAAUGCUGGUGGUAGUGUAAUGAUUCAAAGAGUUAAUGGAGCUUUAGCUGUAUCUCGUGCAUUGGGAGAUUAUGAGUACAAAAAUUUGAAAGAUCGAGGGCCAUGUGAACAGUUAGUGUCUCCAGAACCAGAAAUAUUUGUUCGAGAUCGAGAUGAUGAACACGAUGAAUUUCUAGUUUUAGCAUGUGAUGGUAUUUGGGAUGUAAUGAACAACACAGAUCUGUGUAAUUUUAUACAUUCAAGGCUGCUGCUUACAGAUGAUCUAGAAGCAGUUACGAACCAGGUUAUAGACACCUGUCUAUAUAAGGGUAGCAGAGAUAAUAUGAGCAUAGUUUUGGUGACAUUUCCUGCUGCUCCAAAACCAAAUCCAGAAGCACAGAAAAAAGAAGCUGAGCUUGAAAUGGACAUUGAAAGGAGAAUCAAAGAAAUCGUUGCUGUACAAAAGGACAAAAAUGAAUUUGAUUUUUUGCAACUAUUACAACUUCUUGUGGACCAAGAAUUUCCUAAUCUUCCUCCUGGUGGUGGACUUUCCGCUAAGCAACCUUUUAUUGAACAAGUGUUUCGAGAAGUUUGUCCCAACCGAGCAGAUAGUGUAAGUCUUGGAUACGAUUUCCUUUCGAUAUAACUAACCUUUUUUUGUAUACUGCAUCAAAUGUACAACUGUAAUCAUUAGACAUCAUCAAUCAUGUUCCAUAAUCAUAUAACGAUGCAGAUGCUAUCAGAAAUAUCUUUAUUUUACUGAUCUCAUCUAAUGUAAAAAGAGAUUCAUUUUUAACUUGCAAGAAAAGUAUACUGGUAUAUUAUAAAGUAAAUCUUAAAUUAAGUCUGCUACUAAACAUGUGCAGAUCUUACAUUCUUGCAGUGCGUUAUUGUUGGUAAAAAUAAAUUAGAGUUUAAAACUACAUUUAAAAAUCCUGAACUAUUAUACACUCACCCAUUCAAAAAGAUAAAUACACAAUUCAUUUUUUAAAUUUCUAAAUAAUUUUAGAUAUCCAAUAAUGAUGAGAAAUAUUAAUUUUGCUUUUGGAAUUAUUUAUUAGAAUUAUUUAUCAGUUAAAACGUUUAGUUUGCAAUUCAAGUAACAUGAAAUUAACUAAUAAUAUGAAAAGGUAAAAAAAUUUGUUUUAUAUUACCAUCCUUUUGCAAAAAGAUAUUGUGGAUUGUAAAUUAAUUAAAAAAUGUUGUUAUUCUACAACAUUUAAACAUUAAGAAAUAUAUCUUAAUAUAUUUCACUAUGGAAUUUCGGAAAACGCGGAAAGUGAACUCAAAGUACAUCCUACAGCUGAUUCUAAUUAAUAUUGGUAUUAGUGGUUCUCAUAAUUAUCACUAUCUAUUGUUGGAUUUUAUAAAUCCUUCAUCCAAGGAGUAAAAAUGUUUAUAUUACAGUUAUAAGCAGAGGAUUUAAAAGUAUUCUACCGAGAAUAUAUACAAAUAUACCUAUAUUCUAUGAAAAACUAGAUAAUGUGAAAAUUAGUGUGAAUAAUGUUGCUAUAAUAAUACUUAUAAAUCACUUACUUUAUUUUAAUAUAUUUUAAAUUAAUCAACUUCUGUAUUAAACAAUUCACCUUUAAUUUUCUUUUCGUAGAUUUAAAUUAUUUCACAAAUCUAGUUUUCCAUUAAAAUUAAUCCUGGGUAGAAUAUUUAUAUCAUAUCCUCUUGCUAUGUUGCUGCAUAAUAUUACUAUAAACGAUUAUAUAUUUUUGUAGCUCUAGAGAACUUACGCUCAGAACAAUUACUUCUUAGGUCAGUUUUUCAUGCUCUUCCUUAAUAAAUUUUAAGUAUAUUUAUAUAGCUGUUCAUUCUAUAUUUGAAGAUGUCUCAAACUUUGUCACGCGCU